GUCUCUUCAGCAGCAGCUGCAGGAAGGGCGUGGGGGACCGCGAGACAAAGAGCGCGCAGGCACCGCCUCUGUCCGGGUGGCCCCUUUAAGAGGCGCGCACCCAGCUUCCAGCCCGCCUUGUAUGCAAAUAUAGCGGCGGGGCGGGAGCGCGCGGCUGAUACCCGGGACUGGGCUGCAGCGGUUAGUCCUCUCCCGGCCGCCGUCGCCUCCGACAUAUUGCCCGCAGGAGCUGCGGCGGCGAAACGGAGAGCGCCGGGGGGAGGAGAUGGGAGGACGAAGAGGUCCCAACAGGACAUCUUACUGUCGAAAUCCGCUCUGUGAGCCAGGAUCCUCGGGGGGCUCUGGUGGAAGCCAUACUUCCAGCGCAUCGGUGACCAGUGUUCGUUCCCGCACCAGGAGCAGUUCUGGAACAGGCCUCUCCAGCCCCCCUCUGGCCACCCAAACGGUUGUGCCUCUACAGCAUUGCAAGAUCCCCGAGCUGCCAGUCCAGGCCAGCAUUCUGUUUGAGUUGCAGCUCUUCUUCUGCCAGCUCAUAGCACUGUUCGUCCACUACAUCAACAUCUACAAGACAGUGUGGUGGUAUCCACCUUCCCACCCACCCUCCCACACCUCCCUGAACUUCCACCUGAUCGACUUCAACUUGCUGAUGGUGACCACCAUUGUUCUGGGCCGCCGCUUCAUUGGGUCCAUCGUGAAGGAGGCUUCUCAGAGGGGGAAGGUCUCCCUCUUUCGCUCCAUCCUGCUGUUCCUCACCCGCUUCACCGUUCUCACGGCAACAGGCUGGAGUCUGUGCCGAUCCCUCAUCCACCUCUUCAGGACCUACUCCUUCCUGAACCUCCUGUUCCUCUGCUAUCCGUUUGGGAUGUACAUUCCGUUCCUGCAGCUGAAUUGCGACCUCCGCAAGACAAGCCUCUUCAACCACAUGGCCUCCAUGGGGCCCCGGGAGGCGGUUAGCGGCCUGGCGAAGAGCCGGGACUACCUCCUGACACUGCGGGAGACGUGGAAGCAGCACACGAGACAGCUGUAUGGCCCAGACGCCAUGCCCACCCAUGCCUGCUGCCUGUCACCCAGCCUAAUCCGCAGUGAGGUGGAGUUCCUCAAGAUGGACUUCAACUGGCGCAUGAAGGAAGUGCUCGUCAGCUCCAUGCUGAGUGCCUACUAUGUGGCCUUUGUGCCUGUCUGGUUCGUGAAGAACACACAUUACUAUGACAAGCGCUGGUCCUGUGAACUCUUCCUGCUGGUGUCCAUCAGCACCUCUGUGAUCCUCAUGCAGCACCUGCUGCCUGCCAGCUACUGUGACCUGCUGCACAAGGCUGCCGCCCAUCUGGGCUGUUGGCAGAAGGUGGACCCAGCACUGUGCUCCAACGUGCUGCAGCACCCGUGGACUGAAGAAUGCAUGUGGCCGCAGGGCGUGCUGGUGAAGCACAGCAAGAACGUCUACAAAGCCGUAGGCCACUACAACGUGGCUAUCCCCUCUGAUGUCUCCCAUUUCCGCUUCCACUUCUUUUUCAGCAAACCCCUGCGGAUCCUUAACAUCCUCCUGCUGCUAGAGGGAGCUGUCAUUGUCUACCAGCUGUAUUCCCUAAUGUCCUCUGAAAAGUGGCACCAGACCAUCUCGCUGGCCCUCAUCCUCUUCAGCAACUACUAUGCCUUCUUCAAGCUGCUCCGGGACCGCUUGGUAUUGGGCAAGGCCUACUCAUACUCUGCUAGCCCCCAGAGAGACCUGGACCACCGUUUCUCCUGAGCUCUGGGGUGACCUCAGGGACAGCAUCCAGGCUUCAGCCAGGGGCUCCCUGGCAAGGGGCUGUUGGGUAGGAGCGGGAAGGGGGAGAAAAAAAGACAAAAAAAUCCACCAGAGCUUUGUAUUUUUGUUACGUACUGUUUCUUUGAUAAUUGAUGUGAUAAGGAAAAAAGUCCUAUUUUUAUACUCCCAACAA